AUGGAGCUUCUGAAGGAUUAUGAUGUCACCAUUCUCUAUUAUCCAGGGAAAGCCAAUGUAGUAGCUAAUGCCUUGAGUCGCAAAGCAGUGAGUAUGGAUGGCUUAGCUCAAUUGGUUGUUUCUGAGCGUCUGGUAGCCAUAGAGGUUCAGACUCUAGCUAACAAUUUCGUGCGCCUUGAUAUUUCAGUUUUGAGCAGGGUCUUAGCUUGUGUUGAGGCAAGGUCAUCUCUUUUUAAGCAAAUUAGGGCCCAGCAGUUUGAGGAUGCCCAGUUGUGUAAAAUUCAUGAUAAGGUUCUAAGAGGUAAGGACAAAGAGUCCAUGCUUGAUAGUGAGGGUAUUCUGAGGAUCAAGGGACGUGUGUGCGUUCCUCGUACUGAUGGUCAGUCCAAGAGGACUAUCCAGGUGCUCGAGGAUAUGUUGAGAGCAUGCGUCAUUGAUUUUGGCAGUCAUUGGGACCAGUUCUUUCCCUUAGCGGAGUUUGCGUACAAUAAUAGUUAUCAUUCCAGCAUCGAUAUGGCACCGUUCGAGGCUUUGUAUGGUAGGAGGUAUCGUUUGCCUAUUGGGCAGUUUGAUGCUUUUGAGGUUCGCCCGUGGGGCACAAAUUUUUUGAGAGAGUCUGUGGACAAGGAUUUUGUGUUGCUUGAUGAGAAUCUGUCUUAUGAGAAUGAGCCUAUAGUGAUUCUAGAUAGGUAG